UAGCUAAAUUUAUUAAACGCAGAUUUUUUUUUGGAUAUUUGGAAUUCGUGCAGCAGAGCGGAGCAGCAUAGCCAAUGUGCAAUCAACGCUAGCUAAUCGACGUCUGCUAAUUGCAUACAGCUGUAAAACUUUAACGCACCGGAUUCUAGCAAUUCGUCCAACGAUUACACUGCUCCCGAUUUGAGAAGAUGCUACCCGCUACAAUCUUCCGUCAAGUGCAAUGCACUCGUAAUGGCCUGAGUAAGAACCUUACAGAUUUGGUAAUCGGCUUAAGCACAGCUGGGCCGCCCGCAAAUGGUGUAAACUGUUUGAAUCGUUAUGCAGCCGCAACAGGCUUCAUACGAAUCUCAUUUCUGGAUUUUAAUCAGCACCGUAAUUGGGAUAUAGCGAGAUUGCGUCAGUAUGCCGAUACAAAGAAGAAAUCAUUGCAUUUAAGAACAUUGCAGGGCCGCCAUAUAUUGCAGGAUGUGAUAGACAAAAAGUGUGAAAGUUUUAUUGAACGAAAGAAUGUACUGGUGGAAGAUAUACGUGGUGCGCGGCACAAAGUGCAAGAGCGCGUACGCGAAAGAAUGGAAGAGGUCAUUGAGCGUGAAAAUAUAUUGACUAUACCGAAUAUGCUGACUGUAGGAAGAGCUUUUUUGUCACCUUACAUUGGAUAUGUUAUAGUGCAACAGGAUUUUCGACUGGCUAUGGGAUUACUGGUGGUAGCGGGUAUCACGGAUUUGUUGGAUGGGCAAAUUGCUAGAAGGUGGCCAAAUCAAGCAAGCAAGGCGGGAUCGUUCCUAGAUCCAAUGGCUGAUAAAUUGCUUAUUGGAUCGUUAGUCAUAUCAAUGGGUGUGGGCGAGUUGUUGCCGUGGUGGCUGGCUGGCACUGUACUCUUUCGCGAUGUCUUCCUACUCGCCGCAGGCUUUGUCAUACGGUACAUCAGUUUGCCACCACCAAAAACUUUUACUCGCUACUUUGAUGCUACUUAUGUAACUGCUCAAUUGGAACCCACGCUCAUUAGUAAGAUCAAUACCGGAGUGCAAUUAGCUACUAUUGGUAUCAGCUUGGGAGCUCCAAUAUGGAAUUAUAUCGACCAUCCCGUGCUGCAUGGGCUCUGGUAUUUGACUGGUGCUACAACUGUGGCUGCCGCUCUCAGUUAUAUACUGAACAAAAAUACAUUUAAGAUUAUCACAAAGCGAAGGAAUAAUUCGUAGAUGUACCGAACAUUGCCAAGCGGAUACAUAUAGUUAUAUAUAUUUUCAUAUACUAUUUUUAUGAAGAUAACCAAAAACACCAAAAUUUAACAAAAAGUUU